AUGGUCGUCGCGACCGCCUCCGGCGAUGGCUUCGCGCCCCAUAAGGGCGCGUUGGACACCGCGGCGCGCGCGGCGGAGACGAUGUGGUGGUGGGACCCCGCGGAUCGCGCGGACCGCGCCAAAGACGGAGGAGGGGCACCCGGCAAGACGAAGGGCGUCGUCGCCUCGGGCGCGCGCGCGGGGGCGUGGCGCACCAGGGACGAGUUGGUCCCGGCCGGGUCCGGAGUCAAGACCCCGACGCCCGCGAGGGAUCGCGCUCGCUGGACGCCCUGGGACGAGCUCGUGGACUGCUCCGAGGCGCCCUACUUUCGAUGGUUCGCGGGCGCCAAGACCAACGCAGCCUUCAACGCGGUCGAUCGGCACGUCCUCGACGGCCGCGGCGACGACUGCGCCCUGACCACGCUGCCCGAGGAGGAGGACCCAAAGGCGGGCGUGGACGGCGCCAGGCUCAGCGUCACCAGGCGCGAGCUCCUCGGCGCCGUCGCCGCCGCCGCGAGGGACCUCCGGGAUCGCCACGGCGUCAAGCCCAGGGAUCGCGUCCUCUUCCACAUGCCCACGGACGCGACCCACUUCGCGUACAUGCUCGCGUGCCAGCGCCUCGGCGCGGCGUACAGCGCCACCGCCGUGGACAGCGUCGAGGGCGUCCUCGCGUCGAGAACGGCGGACCUCGCGCCCAAGCUCGUCAUCGCCUACGCCGAGCCCGUCGUCCACGGGGGACAACCGGUGGAUUGCGCGGCGAAGCUCCGAUCGGCGCUCGACGCCCUCAACCGCGAGGGAAGCGAGGGAAGCGAACCGACUGGGCGUGGGAACGAACAAUCCAAGGGGAAUAAGAGGACGAAGAAGGCGUCGUCGAACGACGUGGAUCCAAAAUCCAAGGUGCCAAAGACGAACGUACCUGCCCCCGCGCUGGUGCUGUUGCCCAGGUGGGGCGCGAAGAAAAACGUCGCGUCGGCGGGGGCGGCGCAGUUCCGCUCUUUGCGCGACGAGGACGCGUUUAAAUCGGCGCAGAAGAUCUGCGCGUGCGAGCCGUGCGACAGCGACCACCCGCUCUUCGUGUCGUACACCUCGGGCAGCACGGGCAAGCCCAAGGGGGUGGUGCACGGCCACGGGGGCUACGUCUCCGGCGUGUUGCAGUCGAUGACGACGGUUUUCGAAUGCGCGCCGGGCGAGGGGGGCGACGGCGUUAAGGGCGGGAUCCUCACGGUGGGCUCCGCCGGUUGGAUCACCGGUCAGAGCUACAUGCUCAUGGGCCCGCUGCUCGCGGGGGUUCGAUCGGUCGUGAUGGUGGGCUCGCCCGUGUAUCCCACCCCGCUGCGCAUGAUCCGCGCCGUGGAGAGCGAGGGGUGCACUCUGCUCAAGACGGGCAGCGCGGUGGUGAGGCAGCUCAUGACGGACCCGAGUAACGCGGCCAAGGUGGACGCCAUCGACACCUCAACCCUCCGAUGCGCCACGUUCUGCGCCGAGCCCGUCUCCGUCGAGGUGCACAAGUACUCGCACGAUCACAUCACCGACAAGUUCAUCAACAGCUACUGGGCCACCGAGCACGGCGCCAUGGUGUUCUCCAGGGACGUGGCCGCGCCGAACGGCCUCACGGCGAGGGGCGUCAUCAAGUCGGACGCGAGGACGUGGCCGCUUCCGUGGGUCUCCGCCGCGCUCGACUCGGAGUCCAGCGACGUGGUCAUCGCGGGGCCGUACCCGUCGCUCGCGCUCACCGUCUUUGGAGACGUUCAAAACGUUUAUGACCAAAAUUGGCGCGGAGAUUUUGCCAAGUACAAAGAGACGUACUGGCCAAAGGACGGCGGCGGUUUCGUGCAGGGCGACGUGGCGCGAGCCUCGGGUGAGAAGGGCGGCGGGUUCACCUUUCACGGCAGGUCUGACGAGGUGAUCAACGUCAACGGCAACCGCGUGGGCACGGAGCAGAUCGAGCGGUGCCUCUGGAACCUCGAGGCGGACGGGUACGGCGUGAAGGAUUGCGCCGUGGUGGGUGCCCCGGACUUUGUCAAGGGAACCACCCCCGUCGCGUUCGUGGUGUUCGAGCCCCUCGCCAGGGGGGGUAAGAAGCGCAAGGUGGGCGCGGGUGCACCCGAUCUCGCCGCCUUUAAGUCCGCGGCUGCCACCGCGGUGGGCGACAAGGUUGGAUCUUACGCCGCCCCCGACCACAUCUUCGCGGUGAACGCGCUGCCCAAGACAAUCACCAACAAGACGGCGCGAAAGACGCUUCAGAUGCUCCUCGCGGGCGGUGAGCCCCCUUCCGGUAACCUCGCCAGGGCUGAGGUGCUGCCCCCAAUCGCCGAAGCCGUCGCCGAGUGGAGGCUGACGGCGGCGACGACGACGUCGACGAUUGACCUCGGAAAGUACUGGCGCAGGUACACCAUGGACGAUCACAACAUCCAGGGCCGAGCGAUCGUCCCCGGCGCCGGUUGGCUGGCGCUGAUCGCUCACGAGGCGGGGACGUCCAAGCUCGCGGAUGUGGCGUUUAUGCGCGGCGUGUUCGAGCCCGACACGACCAUCAGGGUGGUGAAGAGGCGGCGGCUGAUGCAGGCGACGGCGGGCGAAGAGACGAUCCUCAAGGCGAGUCUCGUGUCGGGAGAUGCCGCGCCGGAGACAAUCGGCCCGGACGUGUUCGGCCGCGGGGUCGCCCUCGGGUCGCCGUCGAAGAAGAAGCCCGCUCGCGGGAAAGAAAACGGCGUCGAGGAGAACAGCGUCGCCGACAACGGAGUCGAACAAAGCGACGCUUCCAGAAACAAAAACGCCGAGGCCGUCGGCGUCAAGAUCACCGACGACUCCAACCACGAGCAGCACUACCGCCGGUGCUCCGCGCUCAGGCUCGAGUACGGCGGCGCGUACAGGGCCAUCGAGAGGGUGGCUUGGUCCGGGCACGCGUUCCGCGCGGAGUGCUUCCCGCGGACGCACCUCGCCGCGGUGUUGGACGCCGGGCUUCAGGUUGUGUGCGCGUCCGUUCGGGCCAACACGUUCAUCCCCGUCGCGGUGGCAGACUUUCAGAUUACAGAGGGCGUGGACGCCUUUGACGAGUCGCGCCGGUGCGUAGUUCACGGGGAGAUUCUCGAGCAGUACCCCGAGUUUCUCGUCGCGGAUCUCAGGUACGAGUACGAAGGAGUGCAGGGUUCGAGCGGAGUGCAGGGUUCCAAAAGCGGCGGAGUGCAGGGUUCGAGCGGGAAGAAGAAGAAGAAGGCGAGCGUCGUCUCUUCCUCGUCCGCCGCCGCCGCGACGACUGGAAACGGGGUGUUUGCGUCGAUGGGCCGCGCCAGGUUCGCGCGCGUCGAGGGAACGAAGCCCCGUUUGCAGCCCACCAAGGCCAAGGAGGCUAACCCCACCGCGUCGCCGUUCGGGUCGCAGACGUUGGACCCCAAGACGGCGCUCGCCAGGCUCAGGCAGCUCACGACGGAGCAGCGGGUGGACGCGGUUCGAUCCGUGAUUGGCUCGAUCGUCUCCGAUCUGACCGACGCCGACGUGGACUUUUCAAAGACGGUGUUUGACAACGGGAUGCACUCGCUCAACGCGGUGGAGCUGCUGUCCAGGUUGAACCAGACGCUGGGCACGGGGGUCACCACCAAGCUGGUCGUCAACGACGCGCCGAUGGCCGACUUUGCCGUCGCCGUCGCCGAGCACGCGACGACGUUCGAGUCCACCGCCGACGAUCCAAACGCCAAACCGUUCCCCAACGUGGACUACGCCAACCUCAACGAGAUCGUGCGCCGGAGGCUGGCGGGUAAGACGGUCGGGAACACCCCGUACUGGUUCCUGUUCAAGUACAUAACGUACAACUUUUGGAAGAAAUCGUUCCAGUUUUUCCGCAUCGGCGGUCACAAGUUCCUGAUGAACCCGCCGAGGGAGAUUGACCUCUCGUUGGAGGUGAGGAUGGACCGCGUGGUGGAGUUCCGGGACGUGGAUAUGAACCAGCACUACACCGUGGAGAUGAUCGUGGCGAGGAGCGUGGACGGCGUGGAGCAGCUCAUGGCCAAAUCGGGCUUGACACACAUCGAGCACUACUACCGACGCAACCUCUUCGCGGCGAAGAUCCAGUCCACGUUCCACAAGGAGCUCGCGCACGGGGACAGAUACGUCAUAAAGACGAAGAUCACGAAGGUGACCGGGUCGCUGAUGGACAUCCGGGUGGCGUUCCUGGACCCCGACGACGUGCUGUGCUUUGAGAUUCUGUGGACCAUCCUCAUCGUGUUGGACUCCAACGAGCGGCUGCUCCUAGACUGGGAGAACGUCGACCUCAUGGAUAGCGGGAGGAGGCUCAUCGCGGGGCCGGGCAAGGGCAGGGCGGAGGCGCCCACGUCGGCGAGCAAGGGACUCAAAUCCUCAUCAAAACCCUCAUCCGUCGCAGGUGUCGAGUCGGGACGCACGAUUCACACCAAGUAAUAG